AUGGAUUAUGGAAAAACUACGGAAAAUUGUAGAGACACUUUAUUUAAAAUUUUAACAAGUAGAGGGGACAAUUUUAAAAAUGUUGAUUUGUUGUUGUUUGAUAGUCUAGAAAUGGAAAAUUUUGCUGAAAAUGUAAAAAUGCUUUAUGAACAUAUUGUUGAAUAUAUAGCAACAUCUAGAGACUGUUCAAAAUUGGUGGAUGUUAUUACAGUUAGGUUCACUUAUCCCACGCUUUUUAAAUUAAGCAAAAGAGCAGAAAAAGUCGAAAUUAAACAAUAUUCAGUAUUUAACAACGAGAGAAAAGAUACAAAAUACCAAAUUGCCAAUAUUCACAAUCCAGAAGUGAGAUUUUCAUUUUUAACCAAAGAAAGUGAAGGAGCUCGUUUGGAAAAAGGAGGAAGGAAUUCUGACGUUGAACUGAAAAUAAUGAAAGAGUAG